GGUGUAAUUCCAUUGAAAGAGAACGGUGGGCUUAUUGAGUGGGUUAGCAACACACAACCGUUUCGCAACAUUCUGACUUCCCUCUAUGUUGAGAUCGGACGGCCUUUCAAUUGGGUAACAAUGAAUCGUUAUGCUCCACUCCUUGAGGAUCCACUUGACGUGAAACGAGAAAAAUUCCUGACGAAACUUCUUCCCAUGUAUCCACUUGUUUUCUAUCGUUGGUUUAUCAAUGUUUUCCCCAAUCCAAGUGAAUGGUACGAGGCAAGGGAGACGUACGUGCGCACUUGUGCCGUGAUGAGUAUGGUGGGCUAUGCUUUAGGCCUAGGUGAUCGUCACACGGAGAACAUACUCUUCGACUGCAUCACAGGGGGACUGGUACAUGUUGACUUUAGUUGUGUCUUCAACACAGGCCUUACUCUACCAUGGCCAGAACGCGUGCCUUUUCGGCUGACGCGCAGCCUUGUGCACGCCAUGGGUCCCACAGGCUUUGAGGGCACCUUUCGACGCUGCGCCGAGGUCACCAUGCGCUUAUUGCGUCGUGAAAUAGAUCCUCUCAUGGCUGUAUUCAGACCCAUCUACUUCGAUGCUCUUGUUGAGAAGAGUUCCGAUACUAACGCCUCAUCCGAGUCUGGUCACCGGGGCCGUAAGGGUGGACAUGAGUUACCCUCUGAGAGCAAACUUACGCGUUCAGCAAUCGAGAAGCUUAAAGGCAUGGAGGAUCGCCUUCGAGGCAAAAUCACCGAACAUGAUGACUUUAGUAAACUCCUUCCUAUGUCUGUGGAGGGGCAGGCUUGUUGGAUCAAAUGA